UAUCCCGGAAGUAGGUGGAUGCAGGCGCAAGUUAGCUACCGGUACUUCACUUCAAAAUACUGAUAAAAUAUGUCCAUAUGCCAUUUCUGAUACGGUUGUGAUUGGCAUAGACAUUCGCCCGUCUGUCAAAAAAACAUGAUGUAACUCUAACGAGUUAGACGCGAGGAGGCACAAAACUACUUUGGUAACUUAGCUUGUUUAGCUAACAAGUUAGCUGUCAAAUAGUUUCACGACAACUGAUCCGACCCCGUUCUGAGGUGACAGUUGGUUUCAGUGGACAUUUCUCCAAACCCCAAAGUCUACUGAAGAACUGUUGGGUCGAUUCACGAUGGAUGAGGACGGUGAUGGCAGAUCCAGCCUGUCUAACUCCUGUCCUACUCGACCUAAACCCACACAGUCACCAGUUCCUGUCAGGAACCACAGGAACCAGAGAACACUGCAGGGUCCCAAGCUGCUAAAAGUUGACUGGGAUUCUCUUUUUAGAGAGAGACAACCUCCAUCAGGAGCAGCUAAACACCAGGAGAAUCAGCAGAAACCCAAGACAUUUCACGCCUGUCCAGUGUGUGGAAGACACUGCCAAAAGUUAUCCAUCCUGCAGAUCCACAUGAGGAUCCACACGGGAGAGAAGCCAUACCCCUGCCCCGACUGUGGCAAGAAGUUUGCUCACCUGGGAGCCAUGAGACGACACCACCUCACACACACGGGAGAGAAGCCUUACUCCUGCUCUGUGUGUGGGAAGAGUUUCACCCAAUCAGGACAUCUGAAAGAGCACCAACAGUCUCACUCCGGAGAGAAGCACCACUGUCUGAUCUGUCUGAAACAGUAUAUCAGAGCAGAAGAUCUGAAGAUUCACCACAGAGUUCACACGGGAGAAAGGCCCUACCGCUGUGCAGAGUGUGGCAAGAGCUACAUCAGGUCAAAGAAUCUCAGGGCUCACAAGCUGACUCACCAGAGGACAGGAAGUGGUGGUAAAAGUGACGGGGAGAUGGCAGCUACUAUCCAGGUGAAAGUGAAGGAGGAGGAAGAAGAGGAGGAGGUUGGUGGUUUUAUCAAUGCUGAAGGAGAGGAGGAGGAAGAGGAGGAGGUUGGUGGUUUCAUCAAUGCUGAAGGAGAGGAGGAAGAGGAGUCGGUUGGUGGUUUCAUCAAUGCUGAAGGAGAGGAAGUUGGCUGGAGUUUCCCUGAUCUCAGUGAGAGUCCUGUCCAUGGCUCUUCUGGUAGUGAAGGAGGAAGUCCCCCUACAUCACACAUCAACAAGGAUCCCGGUGACCAAUCCAGCACCAAAGCUAUAGAGUCCCAGGGUCCUGAUCCAAGACAUGAGGACAUCACUCAAACACCUGGGAUCAACGUUCAUAUUGUAGAAGAGAAGGAGGAAGUGAAAGAGGAGGAUGAAGUUGGUGGUUUCAUCAAUUCUGAAGGAGAAGAAUUUGACUGGGAUUCUAUUCAACAUAGAGAGAGCCCUAACUGUGGCUUAGACAGCAAAGCGAGUCCCGCUACAUCAGAACAUCCUGAACACCAGGAGAGUCACAAAACUAAGACGUCCCACUGCUGCUCAGUGUGUGGCAGAGAGUGCUACAAGCUCUCAGUACUACAGAUCCACAUGAGAAUCCACACGGGAGAGAAGCCGUACCCCUGCCCCGACUGUGGCAAGAAGUUCGCUCACCUGGGAGCCAUGAGACGACACCUACUCACACACACGGGAGAGAAGCCUUACUCCUGCCCUGUGUGUGGGAAGAGUUUCACCCAAUCAGGACAUCUGAGGGAGCACCAGCAGUCUCACUCCGGAGAGAAGCCUCACCUGUGUCUGGUCUGUGGGAGAGGGUUCUCUAGAGCGUCAGACCUCAGGAUACACCACAGAGUUCACACAGGGGAGAGACCGUACAGCUGUGACUACUGUGGGAAGAGAUACGGCCGCUGUCAGAAGCUACGGGCUCACCAACGGACACACCACAGUGACAGGACACACGCUGAUACUGGAGAGGAGACGGAGUGAAUAACCAGGAGGAUUUGAACAUAAGACAUGAUAAGCUUAGUAUUCCUAUAGGUGAUGUUAGCCGGUUGGACAAAAACAAUGAUACACGUUGGUCAUCAUCAGACAGGAGAACAAUAGACUCCAUUGGAAUAGACAUAGUUCUAAAUUCCACCUAAAUGAUUCACAGAAUUCUGAUGCAGGACACAGGCUGCUGGGGAGGGGACAGAUGCUGGGUGAAGUUCCCCUGCCUGAAUCCUAACCUUAACCAUUAGUGGAGGAGAUGCAAAACUGACCAGCGUCUAGGGGCAACUUCACCCUACUCCGUUGGGGGAAAGAAUGGGGAGGCUUUAUCAGUAAGUGUUGACAGUAGAACUAUGGGUGUUCGUUAGUAGGGUGGACAAACACAACUAUUAAACUUAUGAUGAAGAACGAUAGGCUCGGUUAGAACAAUUACAAUGGACGUGGUUCUAAAUUCCACUUGAAGAAAUCAUUUGGUUCUGAUCGAGAGAUGACAUAAUCAGCGCUGUCCAGUUUGUUAUUGAACUUGAACCAGAGAAAGUGAACCCAAAAUGGCCGCUAGACGGUGUUCUAAAUUGGAAUCGCGGAAUGCUUGUUCUCCGUCCACCCCAUCCUGUGUGAGGAACCCUGUUGAAAUGAUUGUUUAAAAAAAAUUGUUGAUAUAAUAAUUCUGUUCUUUAUUGGAUAACAUCCAAAUAAUGUUCAGUCGCAGGACAUUUGAUCACAGAGAGCUAUGGCUCCGUCCAGGAUUUCAUUCAGUUCAAUACGCCGCUAUAAGAUAGUAAACAAAGGUGUGUCAUGGUGAUUGAAUAAAUAGGUUACAAAAACCUGCCUCUUAACGUUUUAUCUAUUAAAAAAAUACGUUUCUGUUUCUCUUUUCACACUACUGAGCCAAGCUGAUGGAUAUCAAGAAUAAGGUUUUAUUUGCUAUGCUUGAAGACGGCCUUGGUAAACGUGGGCUUUAUAAGGCGUGCAGAAAAUGUAACAGGGCAAUAUUGAAGUGUUUACUAUGAUUACGGCAGGGGAACUGUCAGUAUACUCAGUUGAACUGUUGGUGAUAAUAGUCGCACAACCUGUUAGAAUUAUAGUUUGCUCAGAUUCUCUGUCUUGAAUAGUUUAUCAUCUGGUCAAUCUGAUAGGAGUGACCUACUAUUGGAUGUGUUAAUGUUAUUAUGGAAAAUUGAGAGAAUGGGUGUAUACUAUAUGCUGCUCAAUACUAUAUGCUGC